UUGAGUGCACGCGAUCACUUCGUGCGCGAGCCUACCUCCUGCCACGUGCGUGUCCCUCGCUCGAGCAAUCACGAAUCCUUCUCAUCGUUCACCGCUCUUUCCUGCUUCACUUUCACCAGUCCCGAGCAGCUUCCCUCGUCAGCAACUCCACCUGCACACUCAGGCGUGCGUCUCUGACCAUCGCCCCCUCCAAAGCAUCCAUUCGGUAUCCUGCUACGAGCCAGAACAUCAUCCAACACGCGCGCGCGCGCACCUUUCUUUGGCGGGAAAAUGUCGUCUUCCUUGGCUGCUUCAGACUACAAGACGGUCACCUCUGCCGACGGCACAAAAGUGGCCGCAUGGCACUACAAAAGCUCUUUGGCGAGCGCAAAAACGUUGGUGCUGGUCCACGGAUGGACUGUAAGCUCCGACAUCUUCGAUCCGCUGCUUCUCCAUGAUUCCAAGCUGUUGCAGCUCGUCAACGUGAUCACGUACGAUCUAAGAGGACACGGACGGACCUCUGAGCUAGCUCUUUCCGCUUCCGAUAGCGAUGCCACGCCUGCGCAAGGUGCAAUCGAUUCGCAGACCAUUGCGCAGGAUCACAAAGCUGUGUUGGAGGCUUUUGGAGUCAAGGAGCACACUUUUGUUGGGUGGAGCUUGGGUGCAUCGGUCUCGAUCGACGUAGCUCUUCAUUUCCCGAGUCUUUUGAAAAAGGUCAUCUGGCUGGCCCCAUUGCCGUGGGUAGGAUCGAUUCAACGCGCCGUCAUUCCCGCCUAUCUCGGUUCUCUCUUUCCCGGUCUUCUCGUACAAGAUUCCGUCUCUUUGCAUCAUCAGACCGCUCUAAAGCUGAUCGAUAUCUUUUCCAUUCGAGGCAAAUCUCUGCAAUGGAGCGAGAAAUCGAGAUUGGUGGGCAACUUGAGCUUUUGUUUGCCCGAGGCUAGAACAGCUUGGGCUACGAGGAUGCAAGAUCCUGAAGCGUUCAAGAAUGCGCUCAAAGAAGGUAGCGCGACAUUGGACGUGUUGAUUGGAAAAGAAGAUCAAUUGGUCGAUUCGACCAUCCUGGAACGGGAAUUGACAAGAGAAUUUGGAGAAAAGACGUUCGGGUUCGAGGUCAUCGACGAUGCGGGACAUCAUCUAGCAUUCGAUCAAGAGGAAAAGACGUCGGAGUGGUUGAUUCGUCAUGCUUGAUCCGUCUUGCAGAUGAUUGUGCUGCCCACGUCUGCCACUUCCAAAACUCGCGAAUCGACGAAUGCGCCUACACUCACCGUUCCCCGCAAUAGAUGCCUCCCAUGUCCCGCCCUUUUUGGCCCUCUCUCCACUUUCACACACGACUGAACAAUUUAAUUUGGAGAGACUGUCAACCUUGUCGAGGGGUCACGAUGAGGAGUGCAAGGUACUCGUGGC